UUUGGAACAGUUGACGCGCGUACUUUGUCACGUUCGUGUCGUUUCUUGUGAUUCUAUUGUUAAAUUUUUAUUUUUCUUCAUAAUUUUUAACUUAACUGUGUGUUUAAUUAAAAGGUCUUCCGAUUUUUUCAUACCAUGUGAUCCUAUUCACUUUUUUUCGGCCAUUUUGAAACGGAAUGGACGAUCAUGGUACGAACAAGAAUCCUGUCAGCAGAACACGACGUUUCCGAAUCAGACUCUAUUCAUGAACGAACACGAGGCAAGAGAAUUCAAGUGAUGUCGAGUAGAGAAUACGAAAUUACCUACGGCCGUUUAAAUUUUCCAAGGAUCCUUAACAGCUGCAGCCCCGUUUCCGGAUUUCGCGAUUUAACGAUUCGCUGACUUCCGUCGACCGUCCUUUAACCUCGAAACGAUUCGUUUCCACCCAUUUCAUGGCUCACAUCUAUCCCAAAUAAUGAUCAACAAUCCUUUUUUUUUUUGUUUGUUUUUCUUCCAGAUGAAACAAAUCUCUUGCCUUGGAAGAAAAAAUCCAACAAAGCAUCAGGUUCGAUGCUUUGUAGAUCUUGAAACGCUUUAUAAUUUUUAUAGAGAUCAUUAUAUAUAUUUUUAAUUGAAAAGUAUUACGUAUGUUAGAAGCAUUGAUUUUUCUUCUGGAUAUUAUAGAAGGAAUUUUUUUCAGUUUAGUUAAUUUAAUUUGUGAUUUUUUUUUUUAAUUUCUUUGAAUUAAGGAGAAUUUUUAAUACUAUUGAAGUUGGUAUUGGAAGUUUUUAAAAGCGAUAAAGAAUCAAGAAUAAUGAAGCGGAUUCCGAUACUAUAGAAAUGGCUUUAAGUUGUACUUAAGUAGUACAAGUCAGCGAUAAAUUAGUGGAGAGACAAAUUCGAUAAUAGUUUGCUGAAUUUAAUAAAAAAACAUAGACUGUAGGUUGAAGUUUAUAAUAUAUUUUUAAUUAAAACAUAUAUUUCUUUUCUAUUUUUCUCGCCUAAAGAAUUUUAAUAUUAAUUUUAUAAUAGCCAUUGAUAGAUUAAUUACAUUAGAAUUGUUUAAGAAAAAAUUAAAGUAAUGAAGAAACAAUUAUAUACUCUCUAAGAUUUAUUUUAAAUAAAAUAACUCAAUGAUAAAUGAUAAAUCAAAAUACGAUUUUAUUAUUAUAUUCGAUUUAAGUAGUAUAUAUAUUCGAAAAAGACUAUCAUCGAAAUAUCAUCAAUUAUAUUCAAUUACUUAUUUUAAAUUUAAAAGAUUUUUUUUUAUAUUUGUUUAAAUAUAGAAAAGAAUUUUUAUUUUUUAGAAAAUUUCCCAGGAAAAUUUUUUACCCAGAUAUCAAAACUGUAUAUAGAUAAGAUAAAUUUUAGAGAAAGAAUAUUUUAGGACUGUACUGUACUACAUCUUAAGUAGUACAUCUCAGCAAUAAGAUAGUAUUACCUGCUUAUAAGCUUAUAUAUUAUAAUCGUUUAAGUAGCACUGCUUAAUAAUAAUAAACUUUCUUAAAGUUCGAGGAUGAUAAAAAGACAAAUUCAAAAAACAGAUUCAAAAUAGUUCAAUUUCAAAGUUUUCAUAAGAUUCACAAUGAAUUCUUUCUCAAAUUGUACACAUAUAUAUAUUAUAUACAAAAAGUGCAAUAGAAAUGGAAAUUUUUAUGAGCAAACUUUCAUCUGAUUCAGCAUCAAAAAUAUAUAAACAAGAUCUAAACAGACUUGGAAAUUUGUCUCACUAGCCAGGCUCAUUCUUUCUUUCAGCUUGGAAAAAAAAGGAAACUGAUUUCAUUUUGUGCAUUUCAAUCAGAACAACUAAUUAAAUUUCAUUAAUUCAUGAGUGAGAAAUACGAGACAUUUAUACAUAUUCCACCAUAUAUUUUCACAUAUAUGAGAAACAUUAAUAAUUAAAUUAAAUUAAAUUAAGAAAUCUUUUUUUAAGACAGACAUAAAUUUUCGAAUUCUUAUUUUUAUAUUACGAUAGAUAUAUAUUAUAACUUUUCCAAUUUUAAUGCAAGAACUUCUUUAAUCGAAGCCAUCGAUAUUGAAUAAUCUCAUGAGACUAAAGAAGGAGAUCCCUUUCAUCAUUAAUAUCGUCUCAAUAUCGUUAUCUUUUUCGACGACUUGAUUUUUAUCGUGAAAUCGAUCAGAUCCAUCAUUUUCAUCAAGGAGAGAGGAAGAAAGAAAAUCUUUCCUUUAUCCUCAUAGAAGCCAGUUUAACGAUUUUCAGUAAGUUGUUCUUCCGCGAAGUUUAGAAGAGCGAAGAAGAAAAUUGGAAAUCGAUCAGCAAAGAGAAGAUGACGGAGGAGGAAAAGGAGGAGAAGGAGGAAGAGGAGAGAGGGAACAUUGAGAGAAGAUUCAUGUUGGUCGAUAAGUUGAGAGGAACGAGUGAAUAGGCGAAAUACGAUUUUUAGAUGCGUGCAUUAAACCACUAGGGGAUGGCGUUAGCUGAUGAACAUCAUAAAUGAAACAACUAUCUUAUAAUUCAACCCAAGGCACAAUUUUUAUUUCCAAUUUGAAAUUCAAAUAUCAUAAAAUUUAUCUUAGGAUUGAUUAUCUUAUCAAUCCUCUACUCUUCUCCAUUAUAACAAUAAAUUUUUGAAAUUUUUCCAAGUUUUAAAAAUAGAUGGAAGAAUGAAUAUAUUUUCCUAAUUGAAAAAUAAAAUUACAAAUAAAAAACUUUACAAAUUGAAAUUUCUACAAAGUGAAUUCGAAAUUCAUUUAAAAAUAAUCAAUAUAAGAUGAAAAUGAAUAUUUUAGUCGAAUUUUGAUUUAUUAUUUUGUACUCAUUUUUCUUGUCGCGAUCGAUUAUAACAAGGAAAGGGACUAACGAGUGUAACAGUGACAAUAAAAUUAUUCUGGCCUCUGAUAAAGCGAACACAGAUACAAAGAGGCAACUCGAAUCAACACAGAAAUUUCUUCUUUGUUCACGUCUCUCCGCUCGAGAUAAAGUAUUCAAUCGGCCAGAAUUCAGUAGAGAUAAAGGAAACAGAAACGGCUUGGUUGCAGGAAAAUCCUGGAAUUGAAAUUCGCCACCUGGUAAGGAGAAGAAAUUGGCGGAGUGAAGAAAUGAAGGAAGAGGAGGAAAAUGGGAUAUGCGUUGUUUACGUGUGAUUUAUCGAGUUUGUGACAAGUGAGGAGAAUGCAGAAGCAAAAGGAUGUAAAAUGGAUAAUUAAAAAAAAUAUGGAUGUCGCUAAUGCAAUUAAAAAUAAUACGCCGGAUUUCUGCAGCGCGAGAUAUAAGAAUUUAAUGCCUCUGGAAGGUGAGUUGUGGUGCGAGCCGGUCUGGGACUCGUUACUCUGUUGGCCACCGACCAAAGCUUCCACUACAGCCAAACAAAGAUGCCCGUACGAAGAUGGAUUCGAUACGACCAAAUCUGUGGAGAAGAAAUGUGGAUAUAAUGGCCGUUGGGAGGGUCAGAACGGAACAAACAACGAUUCUCCUCAUGGAUGGGCAAACUACACGACUUGUAUGACACCAGAAAUGCUUCGAUUACAUGGAAAAGUUUACACUAACGCCAUUGAGGGUAAUAUGAAGCUGGACAUUGCUGAGAAAACUCGUACCUUAGAGUUCGUGGGUUUAAGCAUCUCUUUAGUAGCACUAUUUGCUUCACUUGCCAUAUUCUGUCGUUUUAGGUCCCUGAGAAACACCAGAACUAGGAUACAUAAGAACUUAUUCGUCGCCAUGGUCGUCCAGGUUUUGAUUAGAUUAACGAUCUACAUAGAUAUCGAAAUCUUGAGGAAAAAAACUUAUGGCAUUCAACGAGGCAUAGGAAACACCCCUGUACUUUGUGAAGCCAGUUACGCAUUUUUGGAAUAUGCCAAAACUGCAAUGUUCAUGUGGAUGUUUAUAGAGGGACUGUUCCUUCACAACAUGGUCACUGUAACAGUGUUUCAAGAAAACUCCUACUAUAGGAUGUACAGAUUCAUUGGAUGGGGUUGUCCUGUCAUGAUGACGCUAAUUUGGGCGACCAUUACCGCGUUCUAUUAUCAUCCAAAAUCAAAAUUUUCCAGAUGUUGGUCUGGAUAUAAUUUGUCUUCCUAUUUUUGGAUCCUAGAGGGACCUAGAUUUGCAGUAAUAUUGCUCAAUUUUCUGUUCUUGUUGAACAUUGUCAGAGUGCUUGUAGUAAAACUUCGACAAAGUCAUACUAGUGAAAUCGAGCAAGUCCUAAAAGCAGUGAGAGCAGCAGUAGUGCUUUUACCACUAUUGGGUAUUACUAACGUGCUCUUUAUGAUUGAAGCACCUUUGCACAACGUAAGAAAGUUCGCGUUAUGGUCAUAUUCUACGCAUUUUCUUCAAUCUUUUCAAGGACUCUUCAUUGCAACUCUUUACUGUUUUCUAAAUGGCGAGGUGAGACUUGCUCUGGACAAAACUAUUUCCGUAUAUCUUUCUUUAAGAGGAACUGAUUUGCAAGCGAGAAGACAGUCAACAUUCAGUGGUUGCCAACCCCAAAGAAUUGCGUCUGUGAUCGAGAUGGAAGAAGAAGAGAUGAGAUCCAGCGGGUGGAUAAGAUUAUGCUGUCGAGGUGGAAAUACUCCACCGCCGGACCGACCUGCCGAAACAGCUGUUUGACUGGAGCCUUUUUGGACUCCUCAAUCUUGGAUAGAAGUUUUCAAAUUCCUCUCAAAUCAUGAAGAUGGGCUAUGAAUUUUUUUUAGAUAAUGAAGAUAUUUGAGCUUGAAAUUGUUUAAAAAUUCAAAAAUUGAAUUUCAAUUGGUGAUUUAAUUACAAUAAUGGAUGAUAAUAAUAAUUGUAGAAUUGUCCAUUGUAGAAUUUGAAUUAGUUGAAAUUUUAAAUAUUCUCAUAAAUUUAUAAUUUAUAAAUUUUAAUGCUCUCAUAAUUUCUGAUUGAUGGUUAUGGAAUUUUUUAAUAAUAAAAUUAUUGUAAAAUAUAUUAACAUGAUAAUUGAGAUGUUAAUUGAUAAUUUAUUAGUAUUUGUAUUUGUAUUUGUAUUUGUGUGGAUCUUCUGAAAUAAUGAAACAAUCAAUGGAAAUGUAGAAUUUCUAUUGAAAUAUUGAAGAGAUAAAUUAAUAUAAGAUAAAAUUAAUGAAAUAAAAGAAUCGUUGACCAUAAUUAUUGAAAGUUAAUGAAUUUUGUGAAUAUAUAUUUUGUUCAUUUUUUUCUUAAUAAGAAUUAUUUAAAGUGAAAUAUGUAACAUAGAAAUUAAAUAUAUAUUUUAAAAAACUACUGAAAAUCCAUAAAAUUCAUACAGUUAAUUUUUUAAGUAAUAAUAAUUUGUAUACUAUGUAUUAAAAACAAUUUAUAAAAACAAA